AAGAUUAAAAAUAAUUAACAUUAAUCAAGAUAAUACAAUUAAAUUCCUCCAUUCAAAAUCGAACAACUCAUAAAGGAUAUUCAAUUCUCUAAUUGAGGAAUGGCUAGAGAAUUCACUCACUUUUUAACAAGACAAAAUAAAAAGAAAUCUUGUUUGAUACAUAGCUGUCCACUUGGCCACACAUUUUUCACAUCUGAAAAUGGGCAUCCAGCUAGGGACAUGAACUCAUCUCCCUUUGCAUGAGUGAACCAUAUUCUAUAUAGUUAUUGCUUCUUAACUCCUUACUAUCGUUCAUUACCCAGUACUAUACAUGUCUCUUUCACUUUCAGCUUCGGUUCCAGUGAUGCCUUCGACUCAACGGGCUCCUUCUAACUCAAAGCGACGCUCUGUAAAUUUUGCUCCUAACAUUUGGCAUGAUACUUUCCUGAAAUAUGCUGAUUCCGAAUCUUUGGAAGUGAAUGAAAUCAUGAAGCAAGAAGUUCAAAUGCAUAAAGAGAAAGUGAAGAUGAAUUUGUCUUCUAACGACAAUAAUAUCUUACAAAAGCUAAGCUUAAUUGAUUCAAUUCAACGAUUGAGUAUAUCUUAUCAUUUUGAAAAUGAAAUUGAUAGGAUAUUAGUACAAAUUCACAAUGAUUUUACUAACAAAGAUCUUGCUAUAGAGGAACGUGACCUUCACUUUAUUACAUUAUUUUUUCGUUUACUCCGACAAAGAAGAUAUAACAUUUCAUUAGAUAUUUUCAACAAAUUCAAGAAUAAAAAAGGAGAAUUCGAUGAAAUAAUUGUUGUUCAAGAUGUUAAAGGAAUGUGGAGCUUGUAUGAGGCUGCACAAUUAAGAGUUUAUGGGAAAGAUAUAUUAGAGAAAGCACAUGAAUUCACAUACAAUAAACUUAAGUCUAUCACCAAUCAAUUGAGUUCAUCUCUUGCUGAUCAAGUCAAUCAAAGCUUAGUACAACCUUUUCACAAGGCAAUUCCAAGAAUGAAGGCAAGGUCAUAUAUGUCUUUUUACGAAGAAAGUUCUACUCAUGAUAAAGUUCUUCUAAAGUUUGCAAAACUAGAUUUCAAUAUGCUACAAAAAUGGUACCAGAAAGAAGUUGGUAGUGCCACCAAGUGGUGGGAAAAGUUAGAAUUUUCGAAAAAGGUCCCUUAUGUAAGAGAGAGGAUAGCUGAGUUAUACUUCUGGCCAUUUGCUAUGAACUCUGAGCCUAAAUAUACUACUUUUAGAAGGGUGGUGGCCAAAGUGGUUCAAUGGAUGACUAUAUUUGAUGAUACUUAUGAUGUCUAUGGAACAAUCGAAGAACUUGAGCUCCUCACACAGGCAAUCCGAAGAUGGGAUAUUAGUUACAUUGAAUCUCUUCCAGAAUGCUUUAAGGUGAUUUUUAAUUCAAUUGUGGAACUUGUUGAUGAAAUAAUAGAGUUAAAUGCUGGAAGCGGAGAAUCAGACUUGAUAUUGCAAUGUCUCAAACAGGCCGUAGGCUUUAUUUCUUACUUUUUUUAAUUUUAAAUUAAUUAUUAUAUUCAUUAAUCAUCAUUUUAAUGAAGUAUUCAUCAAUUAAUUUAU